AUGGGUCGUAAAAAAAUACUAAUUAAGAAAAUUUCAGACGAACGAAAUCGUCAGGUUACAUUUACAAAACGUAAAUUAGGCUUAAUGAAAAAAGCCUACGAAUUGAGUAUAUUAUGUGAUUGUGAAAUAGCUUUAAUUGUAUUUACAAGUUCACAAAAACUAUUUCAAUAUGCUAGUUCAGAUAUGGAUAAAAUUUUAUUACGAUAUACUGAAUUUAAUGAACCACAUGAAUCAAAAACUAAUCGAGACAUAGCAGAGUUGAUCAAUCGUAAAGAAGGCAAAUUUUCUUAUUUAUCCGAUGGUGAUGCAGCCAGUGAUAAUAAUGAUCCAUUCUUCUCUAAUACAACUGAUCAAUUAAGUGAAGCAGAUAUAUCUACACGUACUGGAACUAAAACCCCGAUUACUUCAUCAAUUUCAAUGGCAUUGGAUUUUCCUGGCACAACAAUGUCUGACUUACCAAAACACAUUCCUGGUAUGACACAUUCUGUUACACCUGAAAGUAUAACUGACCAACAUGCAAAUCCUACACACGCACCAGGUUCAUCGAUGCAUUUCACUACACCUAGUAAACGAGAAACAAAAAAUGAUAAUUUGAUUUAUCGUGAACAUGAUACUACUAGUGGAGUAGGACUAGUAGGUGAAUCACGUGUUAAUGAGUUAUGUCGAGAGAUUAUGCUGCAUGAUGAAACCAAUCAACCUUUCAACUCAAAUUUACGUCCUAAUUCUAGUAAUCAUAUCCCUCAAAUACAAUUUGGAUCUCAAGAAUUUCCAGCUCAUAAUCGUGGACCGUAUUUACUCGAUCCUAGCAUGAAAUCUGUUGUGUCAGGUCAAUUUCGUCCGGAAAAUGUUCAAAAUAUUAGAAAUGAUGUUGAAGAUUGUUUCAAUAAUCAUCUAUUGUCAGCAUUAUCAAUUGGUAAUCAAAGUACAGAUCAUUUCAAUAAUCGCACUGCUACCAAUGCACAUUUAAGUCCUGGUUCUUUUUCAGAACCAUCAAGUUAUGCAACGCAACGUUCUUCAUUGCCUUCAUCGAAACGUAUUAAAAGGCCUAUGUUUGAACCAUACGAUGAAUAUUUCUAUUCCAAAACUUCUACUACCAUAGAAUCAAGAUCACGUUCACCUAUUCUACCUUUAAAACAAAUCACUCAUUCACCACCACCACCUCCUACUAGCUACUGUGAUUCACAUCGUUUAACACAUUUAUUAGGAAAUGGUAGUGGUAGUGGUGAUCUGCCACCUAAUAAGCAUUUAAAUGUCACAUCAUGGGAAAGCAAUCAAACAUCUACAAUAACAGAUUCAAACAGAUCUAAUCAAUCAGAAUUAUAUAAUAAUUCUUUUAAUUUACCUUCAACCUCACCAUCAUCCAAUAGACAUGUACUAUCCAGUUCACAUGAACCGAAUCUUUCUUCAUGUACUAAUCUUAAAAAUAAAGAUGAUUUAUAUAGUACAAAAAUGAAUGAUACACAAAAUUCAUCGCAUAAUUUACAAACUACACCGGAUACAUUGUCUAUGCAAAAAAGAUUUAAUCAUUUCCCUAUUAUUCAUGAGUCUAUACCUUCAGUAAAUUCUUGUAAAAUGCAACAACAACAACAUCAACCACCAGCACCACCGCAGCAGCAACAACACCAACAACAAUCACUUCAAAAUUCUUCAUCUUCUAUUCUAGAUGAUGAAAUGUGCAUUUCCAAUUUUAGCCCGUUUCAUUUUAUGUCCAAUGCAUUGAAUGAUGUCAUUAGUAAUAAUAAUAAUAAUAAUAAUAAUAAUCUGUCUAGUACAAAUAAUUCACAAAAUUCAAAUAGUAAUAACAAUAAUAGUGUAAAUCGUUCCCCUAAAUUCACUCAUACAGCUCCUAAUAAUGAUAACAAUAGUAAUAAUAGUAAUAAUAAUAAUAAUAUAAAUAUUAAUAAUGUUGCUGUUACAAGUGAUCUUGGUAGUGUACCAUCAUCAUUAAACCAGAGAUCAUUUAAAUCAGAUCAAUUUAUUGAUUCUGUACCUAGUCCUGAAUUGUUACUAUUUCUUUCAUCCAAUAAUAAUAGUAAUAAUAAUAAUAAUAAUAAUAAUAAUCACAAUACUAGUGAUAAUAAUAAUAUUAAUAAUAAUAAUAUGAAAAUCAAUUCAGCAACAUCAUCUAUGACAAAUAAAAUUCCCGAUAUCACUCUUCAUCCUUCUUAUGAUUCAUCACAAUUAUAUUCUUCAUCAAAGAUGUGUAUACGCACAACAAAGUCAAAAAUGCAUUUCUCAGAUUCAUUUGGACAAAUUCCUUUUAAUCAAUCCAAUAAUAAUCCUUGUUUGGAACUUUUAUCAUUUGAUAAACCUGAUGAAUUAACAACGACAACAGCAACAACUGCCAAUUCACCGGUUGACUUUUUAUCGAAUCCUUUAAAACGUGUACGUCAUCUUUGAACAAAUUAAAUCAAACAAGAGAUAUCUUAUUUUCAGAUUAUUCUAUAUAUAUACAUACUAUUGUGAUGCGUGCUUUUAUGUUGUCCCCUCAAGAUUCACCUAUAUAUACAUAGAUAUAUUUCCUAUCUUAUAUUACAAAAAAUCAAACAAAUAAACGAAAAACUAUAUCUUGUAUUUAAUGCACUAUUUCGCACGCUUUCUUUCAUAUAUAUAGAAGACAUUCACUAUUGUCAAUCAUCCCUAAGUACAGAUAAUAGAUAUAUAUACAUAUAUGCAUAUAUACAUAUACACAGCCACAUGUCAUUGAAACUUUGUUUCAAUUUCUUAAUCAUUUUCACUCUC